GCUUCCUGUGUGAGCAGUGGGGCUCGGUGUGCUUGCUCCGCUCCGCUCUGUCUGCGGAGAGUCUCCGGUAUGGACAGCCGUGUGCUCCCCAACUUUUUAACGGAGGUUUCGUUGCUCUUCUUCUUCGGCAUUUGACACCGUUUUACACGUUCCGGAAAUGGAUUUCUGAACGGAAUACGCCGAAAACAGCCUGUCGUGAGUUAACUUCGACCGCCUGUGUGUGAUUCUUUUUUUUUUGUUUAGUUGUUUUAGUUGUUGAAGGAAGAGGGGGAAAAUGCCAGUCGCAACUCUUCUGCCUUUUACCGCGACUCCGAAUAGGAAGUCUGUCAGUCCGACCUCGUUCAGGUUGACAGAGAAAUUCAUUUUAUUAUUAGUCUUUAGCGCUUUUAUAACUCUGUGUUUCGGAGCCAUUUUCUUCCUGCCGGACUCGUCCAAGCUGCUCAGCGGAGUUUUCUUUCAUUCCUCCGCGGUGGAGACCAACACCGGUGCGGACAGCAGCGACUCGGGUUCGGCUGCGAACGACGACAGGGUCCUGGCCAAAAUCAAGAAGGACCACGAAAAGGCGCUGCUCGAGGCCAAGGAUACUCUACAGAAGCGGCCCGAUGAGAUUAAACAGGACAUUAUCAACGAGAAGGCGAAACUUUCAAACGGGGCUAUGGGUCAAGGUGUGAAAGACGUCAAUCAUUUACCUUUCGUUGAGUAUCACCGCCCGCCCGGGGCGACUGGACACGAACCCGUGGACCCAGAAGCUAAGGAGAGACGGAGCAAAGUCAAAGAGAUGAUGAAGCAUGCGUGGGACAGCUACCGGCACUACGCCUGGGGUUCCAAUGAGCUCCGGCCCGUCUCCAAGCAAGGCCACUCCAGCAAUCUAUUUGGAAGUAUCAAAGGAGCGACGAUCGUGGAUGCUCUGGAUACGCUCUACAUCAUGGAAAUGUUUGAGGAAUUUGACGUUGCCACCGACUGGGUCGAGAAGAACCUCGACUUUAACGUGAAUGCAGAGGUGUCCGUGUUCGAGGUCAACAUCCGCUUUGUUGGAGGUCUGCUGUCUGCCUACUACCUGUCCGGAAAAGAGGUUUUCCGUAAAAAGGCAGUGGAGCUGGGUGAAAAGUUACUGCCAGCCUUCAAAACGCCGACUGGUGUCCCGUGGGCUCUGCUCAACCUCAAGAGUGGUAUAGGUAGAAAUUGGCCAUGGGCCUCUGGUGGCAGCAGCAUCCUUGCAGAGUAUGGCACCCUUCACCUGGAGUUCAUGCACCUCAGCAAACUCUCUGGAAAUCCUGAGUUUGCUCAGAAGGUAAUGAACAUCCGGAAAGUCCUCAACCGCCUGGACAAACCUCAGGGCCUGUACCCCAACUACCUGAACCCCAACAGCGGCCAGUGGGGCCAACAUCACGUGUCCGUCGGGGGCCUGGGUGACAGUUUCUAUGAGUAUCUGCUCAAGGCCUGGCUCAUGUCUGACAAGACGGACGAGGAAGGAAAGAAGAUGUACUAUGACGCUCUGCAGGCGAUAGAAACCAACCUGAUGAGGAAGUCGAGCGGCGGCCUGACCUACAUCGCCGAGUGGAAGGGCGGUCUGCUGGAGCACAAGAUGGGUCACCUGACCUGCUUCGCCGGCGGCAUGAUCGCUCUGGGCGCCGACGGAGCGCCCAACGACAAGACGGGCCACCAGAUGGAGCAGGCGGCCGAGAUCGCGCGCACCUGUCACGAGUCUUACGUCAGGACUGCUCUGAAACUGGGUCCAGAGGCGUUCCGCUUCGACGGCGGGGUCGAGGCCAUCGCCACUCGCCAGAACGAGAAGUACUUCAUCCUGCGUCCCGAGGUCAUCGAGACGUACAUGUACAUGUGGAGAUUCACCCAUGACCCCAAGUACAGGGAGUGGGGCUGGGAGGCUGUGCAGGCCCUGGAGCAGCACUGCAGAGUGGGAGGCGGCUACAGCGGCGUGCGGGACGUUUACGGCUCGACCCCCAACCACGACGACGUGCAGCAGAGCUUCUACUUGGCCGAGACGCUCAAGUAUCUGUACCUGCUCUUCUCCGACGACGACCACCUACCGUUCGACCACUGGGUCUUCAACACCGAGGCUCACCCUCUGCCCGUCAUCAGGAAAGACAAAACAGACCGACCCAACGAGGUGGAGUAGAGGACCAAUCCAGCGCUGACGUCCAAAAAAACGUGAAAAAACAAAACAAAACAAACAAAGUGCGAGAACCUCUGAUCCUGUGAACCUGAGCCUCCAGUCCAGUCCAGUCUGUCUGAAGAAGGUUUCCAAGCCUUUUCAAGUCCCUGACGGCGACACAGGGGAUUUAAUUUUUUUUUGAAACGGGAUCAAGACUGAAUUCAACCCUUGCUGGAGCUGAAUUCUCGCUGUGGAGUUUUGUUGUUGUUGUUGUUGUUUUUAAUUUUUUGGGUUUUUUUUGUUGUUGUUUUUUAAACGUUCAGCUGUAGUUGAGUCCAGACGCUGAUGAUGAUGAUGUGGACCAACAUUUUUUUUUUUACUGCCAGGUCAUGUGAUAAGUAGUCAACAGGAGAAGAAGAAAGUGAAAAUGAGUUUAAAGUGAUUCUUCACAAGUUCCUGCUGGGAUUUAUCGCGUUUCCUGCUCCGUCACGGGGACAUAAUCUGACCAGUUGUUGAUUGGUUAUCGUGUUUGUUUGUUUUUUAAGUAGCUGCAGCUCUGUUUGGGAGAAAGACCUGAACCAGACAUCUGCCUAAUGUGGAUUCUGUGGACUUCGAAACCCUGAAAGAUUCCGUUUCUCCUCUGAGGGAUCACAAGGUCGACUUGGAGAGCUCAAGGUUGUUUCCAAACGCUUUUUCGUGCAUUGUCUUUUUCUGUCUGGCUGCUGCUGCUGCUGCUGCUGCUGCUGCUGCUGCUGCUGCUGCUGCUGCUGCUGCUGCUGCUGCUGCUGCACAGUUUUCCACGUCUGGACAGGAACUGGGUUUCUCUGUUGCGCCGAACUGAACUCCUGACGUUCUCGGAGGAAAAAGACGCGGCGGCAGCUCGGCUUCUUCCUGACUUCCUGUGAGUUUGGUGCGAGUGGGAACCGACUACUCCACCAGCCCCGUGCCCGACAGCGAGUCCACUUUCCCGGGAACGUUUACACAAAGCUGCUGCUUCUUCUUCUUCUUCUGCUACAUCUCGUCUGUAUCUUCAUUUGGUUACUUAGGCUGUGGAUUUAUUUUUUUCUUCUCUCACAUUCGCGUCAGGUGAGGUUUGACUGAUACCAGGUUUUACAGAGAGCCGAGACGAGAGUCCGCGGAAGACGACCAGGAGAAGUUGGAAGCUCCAGGAAAACUGUAGGAAGAUGACGUGGUUUUUAAGUUUGAGGAAACUCUUUUGAAAUGGUACAUUUUCAACUAAAAGUCUCCUUUUAUGAAAGUGUUUUUUGCCGCGAUUGUCUCUCGUGACGUCGUUCUCGGAAACCCUUGCGUCGGUCGCUCGGUUCCUGGUUGCCCAGCGAUGUCUCGCUUUCUUCUUCCCGUCUCCCUCCUCCAGUCGCGUGGCGUUGCGCGGGCGAGCUGCCCGCUCAUCGUCUCUCCUCCGUGAGGAGACGCAAAAAAUACCUUUUCCCCCCCGCGACAUUUCACCGUCACACAAAGCCAUAACUGACUCAGUAACACAGCUUUACCAUUCCGGCGCUGACACCUUACAUUUUACCACUUUUUUGGGGGCGGGGGAAGGGGGCGUGACUAUGUUGACGAGAGCUGUGUCGCGUGUUCAUUUGGGUUUUUUGACGCUAACGAAUGCUCACACACACACACACACACAGAACUGUAGCCAGAUUAAAUCCAGUUUAGUCUUCAGUCUUAGUGCCUUUCAAACAGGAGAUACACACACACACACACACACACACACACACACAGAGAGAGUUUAAAAACAGAUUUGUAGCUUUAAGUCAAGUUUCCCAGGAUUAUACCAAAAUGAGACAGAUUAAUAAAUAAAAGAGUGCCCUUUUUGCCCCAAGUGAUAUUCGGCGUAACUUUGUAGCACAAGUGUUGGUUUUUCUUUUUUUUUUUGGUGAUAAGUGGGAAAUUUAAACUAAAACAUGUCAUGGUGGAAACUCCCAGUCUCCAGGUUAGAUAACUGCUGACAUCUAGUGGGGAGAGUUUGUAAUUACAGUACACACAUAAGCCACACAUGGACCUGUCAAAUGAAGAUUUGUAUUCAUAUAGGAGUGAGUUUAUUAAUCGCAAACCUGAUUUAGCUUCAGCGUCGAUAUGCUCAUGAGAGAAAGAGGAAAAAUCCAAAAACCAGAAUCUUUAAAGUCUUUUUGCCAAAGUAUGAUAUAAUUUAUCCUCAACAUGUAGACAUCGUAGAGUUGAGACUAAAAAAAGUGAAGGAGGCUGUGUUUGGCUAAAAUAUGUCAAAGAUUAAGAGAUUAUUUGUGUUUUUUAACUUAAAGUGUUGGUGCGACUGGUUUUUAAGAUAUUUACAGUAACAAAGAGCCACUACACGGAAAAAUCCCCCAAGCUUUUACUCCGUCUCACCAAUAAAACAACACAUUUUUAUUGAUAAUGAACAGAUUUUUUUUUUUACUUUACACAUUUAAAUCAUCUCUGACGUAUUCAGCACAGAAAACAUAGCGUUAUUUGUGUCGUCUUGUGUAAAAAUAUCAGUAUUUGUGCUGCCAACAUGUACGAGAGUUUAAAACCCAAGUCCCGACACAAAUUCUGCUAAAAUACCCUCAUUUUAUUUAUUCAAUUUUUCCUCUUCAAAUAUAAAGAAAACAAAAAUAUUCAGUCAUGUAAACGCUCACACAGAGAUUGAUCUGAUUUAAGCUGAGGUUUUAAUCGUUUUUCUAUAACGUUAGGGUUGAUUUGUUUUGUGUUAAUUUAUUGUGUUGUCUGUUGUGUGAACACCAGGUGUCGCUGUGGGUGUUAAGUAUCAGGAAAAAAGCUUCACAACGUAAAUAAAAACAAUCUGCCAAAAAAUAUUAACGUAAACCAACCAUUUGAAAAAAAAAGCUGUGACCAACACAUAGAAACAUAUGUUUCAGGAGGAUCUCGAAGCUGAUCGGCUUCCCAUGAUAUUUUUGUCGCACAAUUUUUUUUUUUGCCCUAGCGGCUGAAGCUAAUUCGCCAAUUUAGCAUCUUUGCGUGAUUUGCGUCAAUCGCUCACAUCAGGUGAAGCAAAUAGCGCAAAUGACGUGAAGUGAGUAACGUGAAAACGCAACAUUUGGGUCGUUUGCUUCGGUUCGUAAUCUCAUCGUGCGGAAGAAUUUGCGUAAAAUUGAUUGAAAAUGAUUAACACACUAACAAAUAUCGCAUUCAGUAAAUGGAAAUACAGUUUUUUUCCACGUCGCUAAAACGCUUUUAUCAGCUGACGUAUAUCAGUCGAGCGACAUUUUAUUCAUAACGUAAAGUUGUUUUAAAACGCGAGGGUGAAGUCAGAUUUUCAGAGAGUGUGUUGUCGCAGAACAGGAACUUUUUUUAAAUGAAUGUACGAUCUAAUGUGAAGUGAGGAAUAUUUUUAUCUUUUUGAUUCAUUAAUUUUGCUUUAAUUGUUUUUCUUUGAUCUUGUAAAGCACAAAACUUAGAAAGCAGAACAGGGAGAAAAGUUUGUCAUUAGCGGCGUCAAGUGAGCGCUGACGACGUGUGUUGUUGUUCUUCUUUGAUUUAUGCGGGGUUUUUAUGUAUGUUUGUUUGUUUAUGAUGCAAUAACCGGACAUUAUUGCAGGAAUAUUAAUCCAUAUCAUUCACAUCUUAGACGGAUUUCUCUUCAGUUAUUAUUUAUUGUUCUCGGGAACUCAAAACAAAAGAAAUUAAAUCAUAAAACCAAGUGGAUUUAAAGUGUUUAUUCGUUCAGUUUAGUGUUAAAAUGCUGAAGCUGCUGAUUCAGAACGAAACAACACACAGUUGCUGAAAUCUUUAAUUUUAUUUACCUGAUUUAAAAAUACACCUUUUCUUAUCUUUUAUUUUUUGCAAUUUUUGCCCAAAGUAAAUUGAGUGACAUUUCCAAAAAGUUUAACAUCAGCGUUAACGACCAAUCUAGUUUUAUUGAGAUUAGAUAUCUGAUUUUUUUCUGAACUAAAAACUGAAGAAAACUUCAAAGAAAUGCUAAUAAAUGUCUUAAAGAACCAGGAUGUAAGGAGUAGUGACACCUAGUGGUGAGGCUGCAGAUUGCAACAAACGUAAAAGACGUAAAAAAAAUAUAUAUAUUUAAUUUCAGCAAAGUUUUACGCACUGCACUUUUAAACUGUCAAUCAUCGGGUCAGAAAAGUAGUUUAGUAACUUUCUGGGAGUCAAUUAAACAAUUGUUCUUGAAAUAUUAAAUUUGAGUAUGGUUUAUGUUUAAAUUGCAGUGCGUGGAUUUAAAAAAAUAUGUUUUACUUUAUUUUAUUUUAUUUCACUUUAAUUUUACUUCAGAAUCAGCCCUUUAUGUUUUUAAAUUGCUGUCAUAUUUAUAUUUGUUUGGAAAACGUUGGUUGCAGGGUGCAACUUCACCCCUAGAGGGCACUAACUCCUACACACUGGUCCUUUAAACUCUGGAUAAUAAAAUGAUGAAUGACGGAGUUUUUUUUUUUUUUAAUUAAAGCCUAAUAUAUGACGUCUGCAUUUGAUCGGUCAAUCUUCGCGACCUGUGAAGUUCUACGUUUUGUGGGGGUUUUUUUGGCAGUGAUUUUAAAUUUACCGCGACACAAAUACAAAUACAAAUAGUUUUUCGUAGGUCCGUUAACGUCAAAGUGUGCGCAGACUGUGCGUUUUGGAGACACACAAACAUGAGUCAGCGUUUUUCUGGUGUUUUUAGAUUUAAAGGGCAGAUUGCCUUUUUUUGGAUUGUUGGGUUGACGAUCUGUUUUCAUUCCAAUGCUUUUCAAUUGGUGAAUAUUAAAGGGAAAUGCCACCCAUUUUAGGAAUUCACUAUGUAACCUUUAUUCUUAAAAUGUUUGUCAUUUCCCUUUAAAGGGUUUUAAACGUGUGAAAUCAACCUCACAAUAAUGUACAAAAUAUUGCUGAUAAUCAUUCCACUGCACAUCGUUUACUUUGCGUUUGUUUGCAAUAUUUUAGUUUGUGGGGGGGAAAUAGUUUUAUUGUGUUAAAAUUAUGACAACGAUUAUUAUUAUUAUUAUUAUUGAAAAAAUGUAAAUAUUCCGCUCUGUAAGUGAGCUGUUCUACAUUUAUAUAAAAAUCUUCUGAGCUUAUGGAUUAAAAUGAUAUUAAUAAACAGCAGACUUUUUAAUAAACUAUAUUUGUUACACUUCUAUUGUGAAUAAAACAAAUCUUUUAAUACG